AUGUCCUCAGACGCGAUCUACAACAUCGUGAAGCUGGUCCCCAAGCCAGGGAAGUAUGACGAGGUCGUAGAAGCAUUCGCGGCCCUCGCGAAGCAUAUCGAGACGCACGAGCCCAAGACCCAAAUCUACUUCGCCAUUAGACCCGAAGGAACCGAUGAGCUGAUCAUCGUGGAGAAGUACACCGACGCAGCAAACCUGAAGGAGCAUGCGUUGACGCAGGAAUUCAAGAACUUUUCGCGUCGGCUUGCGCCUUGCCUGGCGCAGCCGCCUGAAAUGAAGAGGUCGAAAUUCCUUACUGGGUUUGAUGGGCGCUCGAAGAUCUAG